GCUGAUAAACUGCACUGCCUGUUUAUUGUGGUCUGGGUGAAUAUCCUCUUUCUACUUUGCAUUUGUCUCUGAGGCCCAGCAGUGCAUGGUAUUCAUGCAGUUCAUAUUAACUGUGUAAAGUGGAAGGAAGAGCUUGAACACAUUUGUUCGAGUUAUUAUCUUAAACUGCAGGCAAAGACAUUUCCACAGACUUUUUCUGUCACACCAGCUACCUCCUUCAUAAACAACGCCCUGAGAGAAACAAACUAUGAAUCUUAGAACAGCUGCAAGAGGCUUUGUAGCUUUCCUUCUGUCAGUACCAGCAUUACAGGGUUAUAAUAACUGGGCAGUUAAUUACCCAGUUAGAAAUGUCUGCGGUUUGAGAGGAUCAACAGUUGAAAUCAGCUGCACCUAUAAAUACCCUAAACACCUAAAAGUGGAGAAAAGAUGGUGGUUUACUAAUAUACACAAUGAGCUAGUAGAUCUGAGAGAUGAUACAGACUAUACAGGUCGUAUUGAUUACCGCUGUGUAGAGCCCAGGUGUGGGUCCUACAGCUGUACUGGAACUUGUACACUGAGAAUCAAAAACCUGACACAGAGUGACUCUGCUGUAUACAAGUUUAGGAUUACAACAAACAAAGGAGGGAAAUAUAGUGGUGUCCCUGGAGUGAAGUUAUCUGUGACAGAUAUCCAGAUGGAAGUGGUCAUUCGUCCUAGCAGUUAUAACAGGGUACAGCUGGAAUGUAACAGCAUGUGUCAUUCAACCGGUCUUACGUACACCUGGUACUGGAAUGGAAUUCGUCAACAAUAUCAAGGAAGGUUUCACGGGUUCUACGUUGACUCUGACUACAGUGCUUCAUGUGCUAUUAAAGGAUCCAAACAUCUCACCUCUCCAUCAGUGUACGCUCCAGAGACCCCCUCAGUGGGAGUGACUCCCCCUGAUGUAAUAAAGGAGGGCAGUUCAGUGAAUCUGACCUGCACCAGCGAGGCCAACCCAGUAGCAAAGUACACCUGGUCCAAGGUUACUACAGGUCAUUCCCCCGGACGCAGUGUCCAAGGACCACAGCUUUCCUUUCAUCCCAUCCAGUCUUCACACUCUGGACAGUAUCUCUGCACAGCUGAGAAUGACCUAGGGACAAAAACUUCCUCCCCAUUCUCUAUUGAUGUGAAAUGUGAGUAAAAGAACACACAGAAUAACAUCAUAACACAGAUGUUAAAGUUUGCACAACCAUGUCAACAUUCAGAUGAAUCAUCUCAAUUCAUCCUGCAUUCCCUUAACUC